AUGCUAGCCCUGGAUUUCAUAAAGGUGAACAAGGUCAUCGAGAGCCAGGAUAUCUCGUAUGUCGCUUCAAACGACAUCGCCGCCGGCUUUAUUAUCUGCAAAAGCGCCCCGACAGGUCACAGCGUGCAGAUGAUCGGGUUCAGCUUUGGACAUUUGGAUGACCUGGUGCAGAUCGCGCCCGUGCUGAAGGGCAGCAAUAUGCUCAUAUUUUGCAUCAUGCUCUUCACGUCUCUGACGCUUGUCUUCUUGAGGGUCGCCACUGUGGUCUUAGUCAUGCUUUGGCUCUUCCUCAUCGUCAAGGUGCAGGAGAACUUGAAGGAAUAUGUCUUUUACGGGAUGGACUUGGGAAUCUAUACCAUCAUCAAAACUCCAUCAAGGAAUGCGCGAAGAGAACGAGGGGCCAGAAUCUCUUCCAGUCAUCGUCUCCUCACCAAUAUCGCCAGUUUCCUGGUCGUUGGUUAUCCAACUCCAACUACACUGAUGGUAACUGCCCAGUGUGACACCCCCUACACUCAAACGGCCUGGAGUCCAAAAGCCAGACUCAAGAGUACCGCCGGAUUCAAGUGGUUCUUACUAUUAACGAAUGACCUCGCGCUGGAGCGACCGCGCUGGAGAACCUAG